GCUGAGAAAGUUCAAUCCGCUGAACCUGAACAGACUACUUCUAAUGAAGAUACCGAAUCCAAAUCGACCGAAGUCACAGCAUCUGAAGCACCAUCCUCUACUGAGGCAGCAGCAACUGAAUCUGCUGAGGUGCCAACCACUAAAGCCGAUGAUGGUGAAUCCCAAAAUGCAGAGGACUCAAAUACUGUUGAAUCUACAGAAGAAGAAGCUGAGCCAACCUUCAAGAUUUCAAACUUCCUUGAAAAGGUCCAUCAAGCCACUCCAAUUGAAGACAUAUUUAGCGUCAAGUAUCCAGCUGACAUUGUCGCCGUGGAUUCUAGCAAGCAAAUACCAGGCAAGAAAUACAGAUAUGAUCCUCAGUUCUUGAUUCAAUUCCGUGAUAUUUUACAAUUUCCUAUGGAUCCUGAAUUCAAGGCUCAAUUGGAGAAGGUCGACAUUCAAACUGCCAAGAAGGGCUCUAAUUCUGGUCAAAGAAGUAUGAGCAAAUUCGGAAACGGAUUGCCUGGAAGAUUUAAUGGACAACCAGGUAGAGGACCACAAUUCAAUGAUCCAAGACAAAACUCCAGAAGUGGAUCUAAGAGAAGAGGAGGAGGAAGUGGUUCAUCAAGAGAUAAGUCCACUAGAAAAUCUAACCAAUCGAAGAGAGGUGGUAGAGAACGUGAAGAAGACAAGGGUAUAACGAUUGCUCCAGAAGAUAUUAAACCUUUGGAGAAGACGGAUAACAGAUGGGUCCCAAGAUCAAGAGCUAAGAAGACCGAAGUGAGAUAUGCUGAAGAUGGUAGUGUCAUUUUGGAAGAUGAAGACGUUGAAAGAAAGGUUAAGUCAUUAUUAAACAAGUUGACCUUAGAGAUGUUUACACAAAUUUCUGACGAUGUUAUUGCAAUCGCCAAUCAAUCUAAGUGGGAAAAGGAUUCCAAGACUAUAAGGUCCGUGAUCUCAUUAACCUUUGCUAAAGCAUGUGAUGAGCCAUACUGGUCCGAGAUGUAUGCCAAGUUCUGUGCUAAAUUAUGUACUAAUGUUCCAACUGAAGUUACAGAUGAAACCAUAACUUUACCAGACGGUUCUCACCCUUCAGGUGGUUCUUUGGCUAGAAGAAUCUUAUUGACCACUUGUCAAACUGAAUACGAAAAGGGAUGGACUGAUAAAUUACCAACCAAUGAAGAUGGUUCCCCAUUGGAACCAGAAAUGAUGUCUGACGAAUACUAUGUUAUGGCUGCUGCCAAGAGAAGAGGUCUUGGUUUGGUCAAGUUCAUUGGUCACUUAUACAACUUGGGUAUGUUGAACGAUCAAGUCAUUUUCGUUUGUUUAAGAGAUCAAUGUAAGAAUGUUGUUGAUCCUUCUGAGGAUAGUUUGGAAAACUUAGCACAAUUGGUCAAGACUGUCGGUCCUAAAUUGGAUACAGAUGAAAGAAAGAAGGCCAUCUUGAAAAUUGUCUUCGAGAACAUCCAGAAAAUCUUGGACAACGUUAAGUUGUCUUCCAGAAUUAUGUUUAUGUUGAUGGACUUACAAGACUUAAGAAAACAAAGAUGGAUCUCCGACAAAUCCGAAGCCGGUCCAAAGACCAUCGAAGAAAUUCAUAGGGAUGCUGAAAUCAAGAGAAUGGAAGAAUUGAAGGCCAGUAAUGAAAAGAAGCAACAAAGAAGAUAUGAAGGAAGAUCCAACUCCUCUAGAUCUGCUUCUUCUGCUGGUGGUGCUGGUGGUUCUGGAUACCUUUCGAACUUAAAGAAAUCACCCUCAUUCGCAACUCAAAACAAUCAAUUCACAAAUGCAUCUAACUCUAAAAACGACUCAGAACUCAACAGAGAGUCCUCAAAGAGAUCAGAAUCAACACAAGUGAAUAGAUUUGCUGCUUUGGGUGCUGAUGAUGAAAAUAAUGAGUGA